AGGAAAAGGAAAAGCUCAUUACCAGAGGUUGAGAGACACGCCAGCCAACAAGAUAACUGUCCCUGUUAGUUUAAGAAUUUUUUGUUGCUCUUACUGACUCAAGAAGAGGAAACAAAUCCGUGGGAAACAAGGAGUACAAGUUGGAAAACCACCAAGUGAGAAUCGGCAGGACCAGACUGUUUCAGGGAGCUUUGGAUAAACAAAGACGAGGCAGGAAAAUGACCUAAUUAGCAUUGAGCGUGACAGACAACCUGGUGAAAAUGUGUUGGUGGUAAUUUCCCCAGUUUCGCCCACAAAGAAGACACAUGCAUCAGUGCACAAACACGUACACCAUAUUUACAAACCCUGCCCUUCCCUUCCUGCCAAUCGCCCCAGUCCUCCAUGGAUUCUUACAGCUUCCAUUUUGAGAGAAUGAGCAACGUGGAUCUGCAUCCUCUGAGCCUGCCCGUCAGCCGGCUUUCUCCAGCCAAGUCCAACAGCAGCAUUGUCGACCAACUUGCCCACCACCAACACGGCAAAGGAGACUCUGCCUACAGCUCCUUCUCCGGUGGGUCCACUGCCCCAGACUACCCCUCUCACUUUCUCACAGACGACCUACAAUCCAGCUCCUUCAGCCACUAUGCUGAUCUAAAGUAUGUAAAGUCCAUUUACAAUCCGACUCAGGUUGUACAAUCUGACUCAAAGACCAUGGACCAGCUCUAUCGCUCUGUUGAGGCUAUCUCACAGCAAUAUCGCAACAAUAACAACAUCAUUGUAAACCACCAUAAUCACAAUGGCGACGAGAGUUUCCAUCCCAACAAUAAAACACUCACGAAGCAUGAGGUGCCUUUGGGGACUCCAUCCCAAAGUGCUUACCCUCCUGCCCGUGCUCCUCCAGUCCCAGCACGCCUGGAUAGUUUCAUAGCCACCAAGAACCUGGAGAACAGCAGGGUUCACCACCACAGCACUGAAUUUCAACCCCAGCAGCCUCAGCAGCAGCCCAGACCCCACAAUCGACUCCAACCACAGCCCCAUGGCCUAAAUGCUUCAAAAUCUGAGACGGCUAAUUCCGAUACAGGGAGCUCAAACAUCAAUUCUGACCCAGUGUACUCAGUUUGGAGAAGCCCUCAACAGCAACAAGCCCAGCAGCCACCAAGCUACCGACCCCAUCUCCAGCCUCAUGAUCAGGCCAGGGUGCCACUGAACCCAGAAUACCUUUUCAUCACAGAUAACAAAGCUGCCCUUGAGCAGCAGAAGUCAACCAACAUCCUAAGCCGAUCACCACCCCGAGGUACGAGCCACCCAGAACACCUGACACCCAAACAGCCCUCUGGUAGUGGUGGAGGUAAUGAAGACCAUUUUAACAAACCCAUCAGCAGUAGCCAUUUUGAAAGUCAACGUAAAAGGGCACACUCAGCUCAUGAUUGGCUUGGUUCAGAGCCAACCCGAGCUGCCAGCCCCUGGAAUGCUGGUCAGAGUUUUGUCAGCAGCAGCAUCCAGCAUAAGGGUCAGUUCUACUUUGUCACUGGAAUGUGUAAGCAGCCUGAAUCAGGUAUGAGGACACACUCUCUGUCUGUUUGUGGGUCUGAGACUGGAAGUGAGAUCUCCACUGUGCUGGAGACACACCAGUUUAGAGAGAAAGAAAGAAGCCACAGCACUAUGGAUAAUUUGUUUAGACCUCUCCAAAGGAGUUCUUGCUCUUCCAGUGGUACGAUUUCAGAUGAGAGGGAGGUUUUCACCUCUGUGUCCCAGGGAAAGGACCUGAUAUCCCAGAGCCAGGAUCAGGAGAAUCACAGACCAGCCUUAAUUUUGACUCAGUCCUCUCGAAGCUUCGACACCUUAGAAGAAACUGACAUGAUGCAGAGUCGAGACAUUGGCCGCCACACUGCCAACAACCCUAUAUUCUACUGUGGACCUGACAGAAACUGCCCACCACCACAUUCAACCUCACAAAUGAAGGAGGCCAACUCCCUGAUCAGCAAUGAACAGCCCAACCAACACAAGAGAGAAGAGCAGGCAAAGAGAGGGAAACGGCAGCCUCUAGGGGAUGUUGCAAGUGAGAGGAUAAACAAAGAAACAACCCCGCUUCUGUAUCACCUCACUGGAGCCAGCAGGGCAGUGUUACAGCCUAAGAAGGAUCCCGAUUUCAGUAUAAAAAGUAAAGAAGCAGUCCUAAAUAAAACCAGCCAAGGAGAUGUGGCAGUAAAUGAUAAUGAGAGACCUCUGCAAGGUGACAUUAGCAAAAGCAAUAAAGGGGAAGUUACCUCCGUUGCCUGUAACACCCUAGAUGACUCAUUUAAAAAAUACUACAAAGAGAAGCUCAAGGAUGCCCAGUCGAAAGUCCUGAGGGAGACGUCUUUUAAACGGAGAGACCUGCAGCUGUCAUGGCCACACCGUGUCAGGCAAAAACCUGAGCUCAGGCCUACAGCAAUUCACUCUUUCUCCUCAUCGCAGGACUCUGAGACUUCAACGGACACACUCACUCCCUCUGUGGCCUCUGAGGAGACAGAGAAGGGAAGCAUUAAAGAAGAAGUUGGGGAAAAUCAGAAGGAGAUGGAAGAAGAGCCUGUAAAGGAAAAUGAGAGGCCAACAAAUGUGGCCCAGCCCCAGGUGGCACGCAUUGGCGGCAGGAAGAGACUGACUCCCGAGCAGAAAAAGAUGUGCUACUCCGAACCAGACAAACUCAACCAGCUUGGCGGCACCCCCAGCCACUCCUCUUGCCGCUCCUUCGGCAGCGAAAGCGAAAACCCAUUUGCAGUUGAAUAUGAGAUGGAGGAGCAUGUGCAACAAGGAGAGCAAGGGCUGGUUGCAGCACGGCGAAAGAUGUUUGAAACAAGAGGCCGAGCUUUGUCCACUUCGAGCAGCUCAAAGACAAACCUAAAACAACUGCGACAUAAGGCCCUGGUGGAUUACAUGGAGCGCAAGACGGGCCAGAAAGUAGCAGAGCCCCAGCAAGCAACGUCUCAGUUGCCACUUCCACCCAGACAGAGGCACUCUCUGGGGGAGAAACCAUUUGACUGGGGUCCCAGGCCUCUAUCAGGGAAUCAUGAAGGUAAAACUACAAAGAAGAAGCUCCAUAGACCCCAUUCCGCAGGCCGCAUCCUUGAUUCCUCCACCAGCUCUAUCAGGUAUGCACAGUUCUUCUCAGCACAGUCUUGUUCAGGCCAAUAUGCUGGCCAGCAGAAUCAGUCCAGAUGGAGGGAGAGCCAAGGGCCAUCUCAGGGAAAGUCUGCUUCAGUGGAGAGUCUCUUGGACCAGAGAGAGCCACAGCAAGAGCCACCUAGUUUCUUCAGGAACCGUUCCACAUCUACACCACAUGUACUUGAGCAGGCACAUGACUUUGAGGAGGAUCCAUUACCAGUUAAUACUAUGGAAACCUCAAGCUCCCUGAAGAAUGUCGCUGAGCAAUCCUUGGUAAAGCCAGCCCCUGAGGGCCAGCAGCGUGUCCGUGUGGUUGCACCAAGAGGAAAGUCCAUGGAAGAGCUGGGGGCAUCAAAGUUAAAACUGUCAGCCCUAAGUAAAAGUUCUGAGCAGCUGGAUCAACUGUGGAGGCAUUCGACUGGGCCAGGAGGAUCCGACAGAGAACAGAGUGUUGCGUACUUUGCUGAAGUUAGAGAAGCUCAGGGACAGGAAAGGUGGAGGAAGAAACAAUAUGUGUCCGAGGAAACAGGAAAAGAACCAGAGGUUCUUGGUCAGAAGAACACUCAGGAACAGACACAAAACCAAACCCAGAAAAAACCCCUGUUGAAGCAGAGCUCUGAACCAGGGGAGGAUGCAACAGUGGGAAUGAGGAACUCGAGUAGAUCCACCUCCCCAACCUGCUGCUCCUCCACACGGGCCAGGAUUUACUCUGCUCCUCCUGCAUCACACAACCCUGUCACAGAUGACUCUAUUAGACCUCCAAGUGAGGCUUCUUCUAACCCACCUUCCCCCAAAGGUCCAGAGAUCAGUGAGAGGGAGAUCAAAUCCACCUUGCCCACACCCAUCCAGACAAAGCUUCCUUGUGAAAACAGGCCUAGCACCAGUAGAGUCAGGACUUCUCCUUCUGUGACUGGAUCAGAGAGAGAACAGUCGGUGGAUAAACCAAGCAAUGAGGCCCAGCUGCCUGAUUUAAACCAUGAAGUGUCUCUGAGCUGCGGUGUCACCACAGAUCCUUCGCUGUGGAUUCUCCCACCAGAAGAAGAGAUCAAAGACGAAGGCCAGACUUCUCCACUGAUAGACAGUGUUUUUGACGAACCCACCAGCUCAGUCCCUCCAAAGCAGACAAGUGAAACCUCUGUGUCGCCCUGCACCUCCGUCUCUGAGGCAGACAUCAGUCAGCAGGUGGAAGAGGAGAAAGACCCAGACAUGGAAGAUGAGAAGGUGGGAGAAAACCAGGAGAUGGAAGAGAGGGGAACACCAGAGGGAGAGACUGAGAGCCAGGAGAAGUCUGUUGAGAGACCUCAGUGGGAGGAGCUUGUUGAAGCAGUGGUCAGAGUGGACCAAUCGUUGACCAGAGUGCUGUACCCGCUGGCCAACCGUAAGACAGCACUGAUGCUGAUGGAGCAGCUGCUGUCAGAGGAUACGCUGCUGAUGGAGGAGCACUACAAGAAGAAGCAGGAGCAGAAAGGAGCUGCAGAGAGUGCUGAAACAGUCGAAGGGGCUGAACCAUCUCCCUGUCCUCCUGCUUCUGAAAGCCAGAAACCUCAGUGUACAGACGUGCAGAGCAAAGCUGACAUCAUUGAGAAGAAGCGUCUGUUAGUGUCCUAUAUUGAGGAGCGUCAGCGUUCACUGGAAGAGACGCGUGGUGCUCUCCAGACGGAGGUUGAGGAGAAUGCAGGCUGCGGUGAGGCGCUGGAGGUGCUGGUCCGUGAACGCUGUCUGCCCGUGGAGCUGGAGAGGUACAACCUGUUCAUAGGGGACCUGGAGAGGGUGGUCAGCCUGCUGCUGUGCCUCUCUGCUCGGCUGGCCAGAGUGCAGAACGCCCUGAGCACCGUGGACCAACACACAGAUGCUGAGGAGAAGCAAUCUCUGGACAGUCGCCACCGUCUGCUGUGCAAACAGAGGGAGGACGCCAAAGAUCUGAAGGAUAACCUGGACCGCAGAGAGAACCUGGUCUCCACCUUCCUGUCACGUCAGCUGUCCGCCGAGCAGCUGCAGGACUACCGGCGCUUUGUGCAGACCAAGGCCUCGCUGCUCAUCCGGCAGAAGGACCUGGAGGAGAAACAGAGGCUGGGAGAGGAGCAGCUGGAGGCCCUUUCCAACAGCCUGAAUCUGUGAGGAGGGAUGAGAAGCAAAAGCUCUGGAUUUACUUCACUUUCAUAGAAGAAGGAUGGCUUCUUCAAAAUGACAUGUAGCUGUACUUUUCUGGCUCUGUUUGCCUGAUUGAGGUCUAGCUGGACUCUCCAACGCUUUGCACCCUGUCAGGAGUUUCUUACGAGUUUGGCAGAUCCAUAGGAGAACCAAUCAUGCCAUUCUCUUUAAUUUAAGCGGUACACGAGGUGAGCUGUAACGAGUGCUGAGACUGAAGCUCCUUGCCUUCUUGUCAUCUACCCAGAGUGCUGAGAACGCUCAUCGACUCACCGCCCAACACCGCUCUCAGCUUGCACAGUCCGCAGUGUGCAAGAAGACUUGUCCCAAUACUGUAUAUGUUCCUCUUUCCCUUUGAACAGGACUGAACUGUAUUUCUGUGUGCCUUGAUAUUGUUGUCGCUGUGGAACAUUUACCACUAGAGCUGCUGUGCAGAAACUUUGCGUCCCAUGUUAGCAAUUCAAGAACUGCUCUUCACUUUUCAUUAAGAUGAUAGUCCUACAGCCCUGUAUCUGCACCUGUGGAAACCUACUAUAAGCUUUAAGAUUGUAUUUGAGCAGUGAGAAGGCUUCAGUGAAAGAGAGUUGCCUGAGAGUGGGGUGGUGUACUGUAUCAUGUCAGUAAAAUGUACAAUAGAUGUAGUAGAUUUCCUCUUUUUUUUUUAAAAAAUGUUCUUAUUGUUAAAUGUGUUUCAAAUUAAGGCACUAAAAACCAAAAAAGGUGAAUGAAAAAAAGCACUUUGUAAAGAUACAUAAAUGCACAUUUCUUCAAAUCAGAUUCAAAAUAAUUUCAAGUAAAAGCCUUACUCCAUCCACUUACACAUUUUCUCCUUUUUCUUCUUGAAUUUGUUAUGUCAUUAAUUUAGGAGGAUUGUGUACAAGUACUUUUCCAGCUAAUUUCAUACUGUAUUGUUGUGAAGUCUUGAUGAUUUUAUGCUGGAACAGUUCAUCAUACAGAGGAGCUAAACCUCUUUAAAGCAGAUUAUAAGUGAGCAACAAUUAUAUCACUGAGUAAAGUGACACGUGAUACUUGAAUUACUUUUUUUAUUAGGUAUAAGUCCACAAUCUUCACUUCAGGUGUCUUAAACUAAUUCUCUGUUCUCUACCUCCACAGUAUAGCCCCUUUUAGACAUGUGACUCUUUAUUUAAAUUGACACACUGGUCAUAAGUUCAAAAGCUCUUCUUGAAAACACACACUUGAAUCAAAUUACCUCCCCGACACAAUUUUUCAAGGUUCUCACAUUUUUAAACAGCAUCUGUGUUUCUACAAUAACAUUUAGUUUUUUAUAGCUGUAUUAAUUUUACUGAAUCUUGGACCAGAAACAUGGAGAGUAGUCAGAGAAUAAUGCGAGUUGUCGUUCUGCGUCACAAUAUGUGCAGUGUGUGUGGACGCAAGCUCAUGAAUGUCUUAAUUUUGUUUGUGUAGAGGUUAGUCGUUGAACAGAAAGACAGAACUCCUCUUGGCGUUUGCUGUGUUAGCUUUCCAUUAAACUCCCAUGAAGUCAUAAAAUGAUGAAAAUGUUGGGUUGUCAGUUGUGUGUAUCCUAUUUAUGUAACAAGGACUACACAGAGGCAGAGCAUCAACAGCAGCCUCGAAAUGAAAAAAACAUUCAUUCAGAACGUCAAAAGAAGAGGACAACAAAUAAUAAUAAAAGCAGAUUUUCCUCAGAUACCAGAAACCCUUCCACCUUGAAGGAUGUUUUCAUGUUUUUGUGCAAAACAGUUUCUCCAGAUCCGCCACCACCCACAAAACAUUUCUCUGGAGAUUUAUGACUCUGUCCGUUUCAGUUUGCUAAACAAAUGUAUGCUUGUUUUGGCCUUUGUGCUGACGCAGGGCUGAAGGGUUAGAAAGACUCUCAUGUUGUUCCCUGCAGCUUGCUGGAAUUCCUAAAGUAUGCAGAAGACCAACAUUUUGGAGAAGCGGGGCAGCACAUGGAUACACACUAAUUUUAGUUCCCUGCUACUGUAUGAGUGCCCACAAACAAACAUUUGACAACUUCCUGCGUCAUUUCUAGUUUCUCUCUUUCAAUCAUAGCAGUGUUUUGUUGAAGUCACAGGAAAGAGGGGGCUUUGUUUCAAACACUGGAGAUGACAUUGGUAUGAAUAGACUUUGUGGUAAAGCCAAGAUGGAAAGACAUUUCAGUGAGUCCCAGCUGGCAGUGAUGAAAGCAGAGACAUUUCUAAAUCUACUUUUACUGCGAUAUUUCACACCUGUUUUCUGUUAAGAGUUGCUGUUUUGUGCCUGUUUGGAGUUUUAAAUUCCAUGAUGUUUGUAAUAUUGUGAAUAAAUUAAGCCCUCCCUCUC